AUGAGUUUCGCUCCAUCCAAAGGCAAGAAGCCUCGUGCUCGUCCAGACAACACAAGAGCUAAUGCUCCACCAGUCACUAGCAGCAAAGAGCCCAAUGCAGAGCUUGGCCAGCUUCACGACACUGGAUCUAAAGCCAGUCAGAGUAUCAGGUCUAGAACUGAUGAAGACUACCCAGACAGAUUUACUCAGCUGUCUCAAGAUGUCAGCAGGCUGCAGCAACAACAAGACACAUAUGCACAGUUGUUGGCGCUCAGUGACACAGUGGCUCAGCUCCAGAAAGACCACAAAGCUAUGAGUGGACUUGCCAGAAAAGUGGCCAACAUCGAAGACCGUUUGGAUGAGUUCCAUCAAAGAUUUGACGAACACCAGCACAGAGUCGAUGAAAGACUGAAUGUUCUUGCACAGGAUAUCAGUCGAGGAGCCCAAGACACCGCUGAAGCUACUCAGGUCACCAAGAAAGCGUGUGCUGAACUCGACAGAAGACAAAAAGAUAUGGAUUACCAAAUCAAAAUGGACAUCAGAGACACACAGAUCAAGGCCAAAGAAGACAUGGUUGCAGUCACUUCUGACAUUGAUCGUAAAGUUGAUGCUCACAAAGAGUACUUCGAAGCCAACCUGAACGAUGUCCACCGGAAACUCAAGUCAGACAUCAUAGAUCACUCUGACAAGCUUGAUGAGCUAGAUCAGAGACUAUCAACAUCGAAUCAGGAGUUCGAACACAAACUUGGCUUGCUCGAGGGUGUGUUACCAUCUCUAGACUCAUCCAGCAAACGCAGGAAGAUCGACUAUGAAGACCUCAAAGCUUGGCUUCUUGGAUCCAUUGACCAGAGAAUGGCUCAGAACGAGAAGAAGCUUCAGAAAACCAUCAAGACAUACACUUCAAGUGUGAACAAGCAGAAGGCAGAACUUUCAGAGUUCAAGAAAGAACUCACUACAAUGCCACAAGUAGGACCGACUAGAGAGGCCCAGGCUGAUGAUGAAGGCAGGGAACAGCCUGCAGACUUGGAAGCCGAAGAAGGAAAGUCUGAAGUAGUUGUCAGUGCAAAUCGGUACACAGAGUACUUCCAGAACUCGGUAUCUAAGAGUGAAGGGUUGAAACAGAAGAGAGAAGAAAUGGAUAGCAUUGAAAAAUACAUUCAUACUAGCAGUGAUGAAAUUGGGAAAAUCCUCGAUCAACAAAAGAUUAACAUCUAUGAUUGGAAUGACAAGAUCGUAUCAACAGUAAAAGCUAAUUACAAACUCACAAAGUCGAAGAAGAAAGCAGACAAAGAGAAACUGAAAGAGGAAAGCAAGGCUAUCAUAGAUGAGUUCAACCAAUUUCAUUCAGAUAUGCAGAAGGAGAUGAGCGAAGUUAAGAGUGAUAUAAAGGAGAGAAAAAGCAGAUUGACCAGAGAUGUUCGCGAAUUCGAGAAGAGUUUGAGCAAGCAAGAAGCUAGUAGACUCAAGAAUUCAAGAGAACAACUCCAAAAGCAAGUUGAGACUUCUCAUUCUUAUCUCUCAAAUGAAGCAGAAGGUAUUAGAAAAAGAUUGGCGAGCACAAAGCACAUGGUUGGCAGAGAUAUUGAAUCAAACAUAGAAUAG